CGCUCUGCAACAAAGGAAUAACUAAUCAAUCAAAUAAAUGUACAUAGUUACUAAACGACAGAUGAACUAAAAGCAUGUAGAAGAAAUCAUGAUUUUAUCGAGAGCAAAGCCUGCUUCUGCGGAAGGAGGUAAGAAAUCAGCCUCUGGAAGAGAAAUCCCAAAACUGGAAGAUUUCAUAAAAAAAAGAGACUACACUGGUGCAGUGACGCUUUUGGAAUUCAAUGAUGCCUCUUCUAAUAGCACAGAAAUUGAUCUUUGGAUCGCUUACUGCUAUUUCCACCUUGGAGAUCAUGCCAGAGCUGCAAAAAUAUAUGAAAAUUUUCUAAAGAAAGAAUCUAAACCGCCCAAUUUGCCAACAUACUUAGCUUGCUGUUAUUUUUUUCUCGGAAUGUAUCCAGAGUGUGAAAAAAUUCUUUCUCAAGCGCCAGAUAGUUCAUUAAAGACUAGAAUUUUAUUUCAUUUGUGUCACAAAAUGAACGAUGAUAAGAAACUGAAAGCAUAUCACCAGAAACUUGAAGACGUCGUGGAAGAUCAAUUGAGUUUGGCGUCAAUACAUUAUUUAAGAGCUCAUUAUCAACAGGCGAUUGAUAUUUACAAAAAGGUUCUUUUAAAUAACAGCGAAGGAAGUCGUAAAUUAGAAGAAGCAGAUUCUACUUUACAUUUAUUGGCGAUGUUCAAAAAGUCCAGAGACUAUUUUGCUUUGAACGUGUACGUAGCAUUGUGUUACUACAAAUUAGAUUAUUACGACGCGGCACAAGAAGUUCUUCAAGUUUAUUUACAGCGGUACCCUGACAGUGCAAUCGCAAUUAAUCUGAAAGCUUGUAAUCACUUUCGACUUUACAACGGAAAUGCUGCUCAAGCAGAAAUGAAGCAGCUGACUGAAAAACUCUCAGGUUCCUGUAAUUUCGGGAACGAUUUGAUCAAGCAUAACAUGGUGGUAUUUCGAGGAGGCGAAGGUGCUCUUCAAGUUUUACCAAAUUUGGUAGAUGUGUUACCCGAAGCCCGAUUAAAUUUAGUGAUCUACUAUCUGAGGCAGGACGAAAUUCACGAUGCGUAUGAAUUAAUUAAAGAUCUUGAACCUACUGUCCCGCAAGAAUACAUCUUAAAAGGAAUAGUCAAUGCUGUAAUUGGUCAGGAAACAGGUUCUCGCGAUAACAUAAAGACGGCUGAACAAUUCUUCCAUCUUGUAGGCUCAUCUUCAUCAGAAUGUGAUACAAUUCCUGGCAGACAAUCUAUGGCUUCUUGUUUCUUCUUAUAUCGACAAUUUGAGGAAGUCCUGGUAUAUUUGAGAUCCAUAAAGACUUACUUCUCGAACGAAGACAGCUUCAAUUUGAAUUAUGCUCAAGCUCAGACAGCAGCGGGUUAUUAUAAAGAGGCAGAAGAAGCUUUUUUAGUUGUUCGAAAUGAAAAGUACAAGAAUGAUUACACUUACAUAAGUCUCCUGGCAUAUUGCUAUAUAAUGAAUAAAAAAAGUCAACUGGCUUGGGAGCUUUACCUGAAAAUGGACACAUCAGCGGAAUCAUUCAGUCUCCUUCAGCUGAUCGCCAACAAUUGCUACAAAGUUGGUGAAUUUUGGUAUGCUGCUAAAGCUUUCGACAUGCUCGAAAGAAUGGAUCCAACACCAGAACACUGGGAAGGAAAACGUGGUGCUUGUUGUGGAACAUUUCAAUACGUUGUUGUAGAGAAAUUACCAAAAGAACUAUUACCGGAGAUUAUUCAACUACUUAGGAAUACAUCAAAUUCACAAGUGGAGCAAAUAAUUCGAGUCAUGCGAAAAUGGGGCAAAGAAAAUCGAAUUGUCUGUUAACAAAUUUUUCUUUUAACGAAGAUGCCUUUAAUGAUAAGAAAAUUAAUCAUUAUUACAAAACUUCCGUCCUUCAGACUUGUUUGUAAAAACCUAUUGCAUAUUUUGUAAGCGACUUGAAUAAAAAAAAAGAUUUAUAAAAACAAAAUUCAUUUUG